GGAACAUCAAACAUGUGGUCAAGUAGAAAAAAUAAAGUUGUAUCACAUGCAUUGAUCAAAGUUGUACAUUUCAAAAAGGGCACACCCAUCUUCACCUCUUCUCUCUUAUACAAGUUGCAACGUUACCUACUGUAAAUCCAAAAUUCAUCAUUCCUCACUAUACCUAACCUUUUCCGACCAUUUUGUGAUAUUUUUCUGUUACACUCGUGUGACACUCUUUACCGUUUUGAUAUUACAACAAAAUUAUAAGUGAAUUUUGAUUCAUGAAUAUAAAACAUUUUCAUUUCGAUUUAAAGUUUCUUUUUAUUUAUUUGGCCAAUCCUAACAAUGGUAUCGUUUUCAUUCUUGUUUUCUUCCCCCCAAUUAAAAAUUUGUUUUUACCAUUAAUUUAUUCUGUGUUGGAGGGCCCCUAAAUUUAGGAAUUUGGACCUUCAGCCGACUCAAACAAGCCAACUUGGUUACAGCCACACUCUUUCGUAUAAUUAUCAUUUUUUAUUUAAUAAUAUUAUCAUUUUCCCUCAACAUCCUUUUUUUCCAUAUCCAUCCCCCUUCUUCAUUCCAUUUCUUCUUGUUCAUUUCGCUUUUUUUUUUAGCAAUUAGCUUUUCUCUUUGCUUCUCUGAUUCUCUCCCUCUCAUCUCUUCUUCUUCUUCUUCCUUCGGAUUACCCAAAAUCCCUGAAAAAAGGUGAGGAAGGAAAAAAAUAAACCAAACAAAACAAAAGAAGGUAAGAAUCAGGAGGAAUUCCAUGGCGCAGAAGAGAGAUAAAGAAGAGACGGAGCUGAAGGUGCCGGAAUCUCUUCCUCUAUGCACGCCGACGAUUCCUGUUCCCCAACCUCCUCCGCCUCAGCUCACCGGGUCAACCGAUGAUUCCCGAUCUAAUUCCGCCAGGUCGCCGGAGACCUCAGAUCCGAACCGCGCUUCCGUCCAAGCUCGAUCUCUGCCGGAUCGAUCGGAUCUGGGUCAGUUAGAGGCGGAUAAACAAGAAGGGACCUCCGUGGAGGUAAAUCGGUCGUUGAAAAGGCCGAGGGAGGCUGCAGCGAACCGGUGUUCGUGCUCCGGCUGCCGGAGGAAGCUCGGGCUGAUGGGAUUCCGAUGCCGGUGCGGAGAUAUGUUCUGUUUCGAGCAUAGGUACACCGAUCGGCACGAUUGCAGUUACGAUUACAAGGCCGCCGGCCGGGAGGCCAUCGCUAAGGAGAAUCCGGUGGUCAAAGCUGCUAAGAUUCUCAAAGUUUGAACUCCACCAAAAAAAAGAAAGAAAAAAUUGGAUUCAUCGUAAUCAAGAAGAUUUGAUUUACAACAACAAUUUACACGGACCCGAAAAAGCUUAUUGAGUCAACUCAACUCAGAUCAGCUCAGCUGGAAACGCCGGCGAAAGGGGGGGCGGGGAAAAGGGGUUGUUUAAUUCUUAUUCUAUGUAUUCCGGUGAUUGUACGGGAGAUCGGAGGGGAGGGGGUGGUUGUUUGUUUUCCGGUUGUAAAUUUGACAGACGAUUGAGGGUAUUAUUGUCACUUGAAUUUCAUUUUUACUUUAUCAUCAUCAUCAUAUUGAUUAUUGUGGUAGUGGAAAUUUUUUCUUUCCUUUUUUUUUUUUUUCCUAGUCUUAUUAUUUGUUGAUCAAUUGAUUUUAAUUCUUUAUUAUUAGAAAGAAAUAUUUCUGAGUUUAUCUUUUACAUUUUGUAGGUGAAUGAAUCUCUCUCUAUUAUUGGGUUGGGUUGGGGAAAGAGGAAAAAAUAACAAACAAUCUAAUUUUAAUUAAAAUUGGUCACAUCGAAGGUGUAAUAUAUAAUGGUUUAAGCUGGUUGGAGAACAUAACAUGUGAUUCUACGAUAGCGUGUUGGCGUGUCAAAUUUCGUCCCGUUCGUCUUUGGUGUUGGGGGAUGUGGUGGGGUGCUGCCAAGAUGGUUCCAAUAGUCAACUACAAAUGGACAGAAUUUUUUUGUAAUAGAUAUGCCGUUGCGGCAAAUGAAGUGUUGGUUUAGUGCUAAAGUCAUCCUUACUCGCAUCAUGAGUUCAAACCUUCACUCCAACAUAAGUGAUGAUUUAGUGCUAAAGUCACUCUUGCUCGCAACUCACAAGAGGAAGUCAUGAGUUCAAAUCUUCACUCCAACAUGAGUGAGGGAGCGACUCUAACUUUGUCAAUUAGUACCUCUAAUUCUCACUGUUAUUUGUGCGGGGUUCCGAUAUUAUAUAUAUAAAAAAAAGGAUAUGCCUUCACAAAUGUCUCCAAAUAAUUGUUCUAUUUGAAUUAAAAUUUUGGUUCUCAAUAUAUAUCAUAAUUUUUGGAGAGGGAGUAAUUAUAUUGAACGUGUACAUAUUAAACAUUCUUCAGUUUGUAUGGAUUUGUUA